AUGCAAAGAGAAGAACCUCAAUUUACUAUGUUUGAAAGUCCUUCUGACUUUUAUCCUACUAAUGGACUUCCUGAUAAAGAAACUGCAUUUCUCUAUUUUAGUGAAACUAAUUUUUUUGCUCAAACUGGUGGUGAUAUUCGUCUUUCACCUGAAGAAUAUUCAUUAGAAAAAAUUCAGCCAUUUAAAGUAUUUGAAUAUAAACGAGAAGGUAAACAAAGUAUAUAUUUAAUUGUUAGAGUUGAAAACCAAGAAAUGAAAGAAACCAUUAAAUAUGCAUUUUUUAUUUGUGAAACUAACAUUUAUCCUGCUCCAACGUUAAGUGGUGUAAUUUGCAAUAGUAUCGAUAAUAUUAUGGCAAGUGUUAUUGAUUUCUAUGAACGAAUUCAAGAUUCUGUGAAAAUAGACCCACUUAAAGGAUAUAUAUGGAAUGGUGUUCCUGUUCCAUUAGAAGAUUUUACUACUCCUCUUCCUUCACAAAAAAACUUUCUUAGUGAAAGAAAUGUUGCUGAAGCAAUUAAUUCUUUCUUAAAAACAAAUCCUAAAUAA